AACAGACUCGUUACAUUCGGACGAACAGCUGAUCUCAACUUAGCAUUCGAUAUUUCAUCGAGGAAGCUGUCUAUACACACUGACGAAAAUUUGAGACUAUUUGUGGCCUUGCUUGUUUGCUAUAUCCUAUCGAAAUGGAUCAUUCACAUAUGGAUCAUGGGGAUAUGGAUAUGGGCCACGGAGGUGGUAAAUGUGUUACAAACAUGCUAUUCACCUGGUCCACUCAUAACAUGUGCAUAAUCUUCCCCGAAUGGCGCGUCCAAGGCACCGGCUCACUCCUCGCAUCCCUCUUCGCAAUCAUCCUACUCACUGCCGGCUACGAAGCCGUUCGAAACUUCACCCGUCUCUAUGAAGCAUCGCAUACACAGCGCCUCAAAGCGUUUUCGUCUUCUGUAUUAGCUGACACUGAGACCACGUCGGGUGACAACUCCCCGGAAGAAGAUACGAGAAGAGAAGGUCUUGCACGUUUCACGAACUCACUGCUUGUAGGCAGAGAUAGUAAGCAAGUAUUGGAGCGGCGGGGGAGGUUGAUUAUGGCAACGUUGUACGCGGUACAAGUGUUUUAUAGUUUUUUCAUCAUGCUCCUUUUCAUGACAUAUAACGGAUGGGUGAUGAUUUCCGUGGCUGUUGGCGCGUUUGUCGGAUACCUAGUUUUUGGUGGUGAUGCGCCUGCGACGAAAUCCGCGGCAUGCCAUUAGAUGCCAAUCAGUGGAAACUGAAUGAAAGAAAGGACACGCCGCCCCAAUGAGGAGUUUGGCGUCAUCGAAUGUGGUGCCACGCGUGUGUAUCACGAACGUCGAGAUAGACCGACUAGGGAACUUCAAUAUCGCUGUCGUCCCCGCCGAAUCCAAAGCUGAACUCUUCGGCUCUCCCGCAAGGGUCAUUAACCUGAGAAUUAGCAUGAAUAAUUUCAUCCCAUUUGCGCUUUCUGCCCUCCUUUUGCUUAGCCAAUUCCUCCAGCGCUCCUUCGAGAAGAUCUGGAUAGGUCUCUCUCAUCUUUUCCACAAAUCUAGCACAAGGAUCGUCAACAUUCUUGCGAAAGCCGGAUACUUGAUCUGCUUUAUUCUGUAAAAAGUCCAGUGCCGCAGAUAGAUGUCCUCUAGGCACAAAAUUCUGUGUAAUAGCAAUUGACGGCUCGAGAUUGACGACCAAAUGCCACCAGCCUGAAGGCACAUGUAAGAUUUCACCCUCACCGCAGAUCCCUUCAAGGCACCCCGGAGUGCGUCUUGCCUCGGCAUGGAAUCCUAGUAACCAUUCAGCAAUGCUCAAAGGAGACGUCACCUCACUCUGGUCCUCCGAAACGUAGACGCCGGGAGGAGGAGGUAGCUUUGACGAAGAUGGAAACAUGAUCCAAUACUUGGAACCGCGAAGCACUGCAUUCCACGCGCUUGUUGCAUUGGGGUCUUUG